CGGCGACUUCAGUUGAUUACCUGUCUUUUCUUUGCUAUCCAAUGGAUAUUCACUGCAAAGCAGACCCCUUCUCCGCCAUGCACCGGCAUGGCGGAGUGAACCAGCUGGGCGGCGUGUUCGUGAACGGCAGGCCGCUACCGGACGUCGUGCGGCAGAGAAUCGUGGAGCUCGCGCAUCAGGGAGUGAGACCGUGCGACAUAUCGCGACAAUUGAGGGUCAGUCACGGAUGCGUCAGCAAGAUCCUGGGCAGGUACUAUGAGACUGGCAGUAUAAAGCCCGGAGUGAUCGGGGGCUCCAAACCGAAAGUGGCCACUCCAAAAGUUGUGGAUAAAAUAGCGGACUAUAAGAGACACAAUCCCACGAUGUUCGCGUGGGAGAUCCGGGACCGACUGCUGGCGGAGGGCAUCUGCGACAACGACACCGUGCCCAGCGUCUCCUCCAUCAACAGGAUUAUCCGCACUAAAGUUCAACAACAGUACCACCCCUCUCCUGAUGGAACAUCUCUCUCAACACCAGGACACACUAUAGUCCCUAGCACAGCUUCCCCUCCAGUAUCGAGCGGAUCCAGUGAUCCUGUGGGCUCAUACUCUAUCAAUGGUAUUCUUGGCAUCCCUCGCUCCAAUGGAGAGAAGAGGAAAAGAGAUGAUGAUGGUUCUGAGGGUUCAGGGCAGAACAGUGACUCCCAGGGCAGUGUCGAAAGCCUGAGGAAACAUCUACGUGCUGAUGCCUUUACACAACAACAGCUGGAGGCCUUGGAUCGAGUGUUUGAGCGACCGGCCUACCCUGACGUCUUCUCUAGCUCAGAGCACAUCAAACCAGAACAGACUAGUGAGUAUGCCCUUCCCGCACUAAACCCAGGACUGGAUGAGGUGAAACCCAGCCUGUCGUCCAGCAGUUCUUCAGACCUGGGUGCCAGCGUGUCCCAAAGCUACCCUGUAGGUAGAGAUAUGGCCAACACAACCUUACCUGGGUAUCCUCCUCACGUCCCCCCUACAGGACAGGGCAGCUACCCAACAUCCACACUGGCAGGAAUGGUUCCUGGGAGCGAAUUUUCAGGGAAUCCCUACACUCACCCACAGUAUACAGCAUACAACGAGGCCUGGCGCUUCAGCAACCCUGCUCUACUGAGUUCCCCUUAUUAUUAUAGUGCAUCCCGAGCCUCUGCACCACCAGCUGCUGCCGCUGCUUACGACCGCCACUAGACACCAUGCAAACCAAACUCAGCAUCGCCUCAGACUUCCUGUUGUGCCAGUGUGAAUGAAGAAACAGACUGCACAAGAGCUGCUUAGAACAUGUCAUAUAAUGAUGAACGAGCCAAUAAGGACAUCAGAUGGCUCACCCACAUGCAGCCAUCCAAAUGAACUUUAAUUCCAAACAGCAAAUGCUUACACUGGGGGUCCACAUAUCAAAGACUAUUGAGAAACCUUGUGAUGAAUUAUAUAAAUGUGGAAACUGACACAAUAAGGCAAAUUGAAUCAACGGAUUUUGGUUUUCUUUUUCAUUUUUUCCCCUUUAUUGUUAUGAAUGAAAAUCUUCUGUUCUGUGACCAUCACUCAGCAACAUUUCCUUGUUCAUAUCAUAUCUCUGUCUUUGUCUAUUUCUCUCUCUCUCUCUCUCUCUCUCUCUCUCUCAACUGUGCAAUGCAGUAUUAUUCAUCUGGACUCACUUGGUACUUGGUGCUUCUUUACAUAUACACAUACUCAAAUAUACAAAGGAACAUACCUGAACUCAGCUUGUCAGCUCCUCCAUCUUCAGUUCAAAGCUUGAAUAGAUGAACUAAGGAGUAACAGAAAAAAACAGUGAUAAUGUGACAAAAAAAAGAAAAAUGAAGAGAUUUAUCUAUAAGAAAGGACAAGCCUCACUUCUAUUCACCCAGACUGGGGAAUUAGUAAGUAUAUAUUCCUAACUUAAUUUUUGCAUUAACCUUUUUUAUAUAAACUUGCAGGCUUAAUCCUAAAUGACAAUGCAGUAUGCAUGAUUUAUUUUUGUUAACUGUGUGAAUUUUCUGAAUGGCAACACCAGGUGUUAUUAUUUUCCCUUAAUUUUUGCACUACACAUCGUUCUUACUUCAAAUAUACACUGGUCCCCAAUAUUAAAUAUCUUAUCAAUUUGUAAUUACAUUGAAAAGAGAGGUAAUGAAAGGAUCUAGUGUAAACCAUGCUGUAAAUUAUUAUGUAAACUCCUGGCAGCUUGUGUUACGUAUAAACAAACAAACAAACAAACAAACAAACAAAAAACAGUCUGUCCACUGAUAUGAAACAGUUUAUACUAUAUUUAAUGUAGCUUUGACUGAAGGAUUGAAAGGCACAUUAUAAAGAAUUACAUCACAUGAACUACUGAUAAAACAUGGCAUCUAAUGCUCAAAACAUGUUUACAAAACAUUUCAUCUGUUCCAUACUUUCAAAAUAUCUUUAAAUUCUGUGCUAUAUCUGACACUGUGGCAGAUAAUGAAUUAUUGAUUUCUUAGUAGCUCAAAAUUGGCUCAAUGCUUAAGCCUAAACUUCCAGAUAAGAAAAAAAUCCUGUGCUUUAGGAUGAUCCAACUUUAUUUUUAAAAAAGAGGAGGAAGUUAUUUUAACCUAACACUUUAAGUGCAAUUGCUUGUCAUUCAGAACUUCUACACAAUCCCUUUCACAUCAAAUCAACCAUGCUCGAUUGGAUGGGAAUUUCAUGGCACACAAAUGUUUGACAUAAUUAACGAUAAUAUAUCAGAACAUACAUUACACUUGCCAAAGAAUUUUGUUUAAUGUUUGAUUUGCAGUCUAAUGUAUUGUGAUAACAGUAUUAUGGUAAAACCAUUUUUAAUAUGUACCUAUGCAGAGGAAAAACA